AUGUCACCUCUGGAAUGUUCUGAGUGUUUUGGUGACCAACUUCUGCAUAGGACCUAUACCUGGCAUCUAACAUUGCACUCGAGGCCACAUUUUACAAGAAAAAAAGAUACCAGAUCUGAAAGCCUAGACAUUCCAAUCAAUGUGGUGCUGCCUCAGAACCGCUUCUCGUCGGUGCCCCUGGACCCCAUGGAGCGCCCCACGUCCCAGGCGGACCUCGAGCUGGACUACAACCCUCCGCGCGUGCAGCUCAGCGACGAGAUGUUCGUGUUCCAGGACGGGCGCUGGGUGAACGAGAACUGUCGCCUGCAGUCGCCACACUUCUCGCCCUCGUCGUCCUUCCACCACAAGCUGCACCACAAGAGGCUGGCCAAGGAGCACCUGCUGCAGGAGGAGAACAAGUCCCUGCGCGACGAGAACCGCGCGCUGCGCGACGAGAACCGCGCGCUGCGCAAGGAGAACAAGAUCCUGCAGGUGCUGUGGGAGGAGCGCUGGAUGCUGCGGGAGAUGAACCAGGCGCUGCAGGCGCUGCGGGACGAGAACCGGCUGCUGCAGGAGGAGAACCGCGCCCUGCACGCGCUGCGCCAGGAGCACCGGCUGUGCCAGGAGGACAAGGCGCUCUGGGAGAACAACAAGCUCCGGCUGCAGCAGAAGCUGGUCAUCGACACGGUGACCGAGGUCACCGCCCGCAUGGAGAUGCUCAUCGAGGAGCUCUACGCCUUCAUGCCCGCCAAGAACAAGGACCUCAAGAAGCCCAGCAGGGUCUGA